UGAGAGUGCCGUACUGCUGCUCUCUCAUCAGCACCCGGAGGAGGCGGAGGAGUGCAUCGUCACAUCAAUUUUCCAUCAGCUUCAUCUGCGAAAACACAGCCCCUAAUUUUCAACACGCAGCUACGUUAAAAUUACAAUCAUGGAUAACUCUGGAAAGGAAAAAGAGGCCAUCCAGCUGAUGGCUGAGGCGGACAAAAAAGUCAAGUCGUCUGGAUCUUUUCUAGGAGGGAUGUUCGGAGGAAACCACAAGGUAGAGGAUGCGUGUGAGAUUUAUGCAAGAGCUGCCAACAUGUUUAAAAUGGCAAAGAACUGGAGUGCUGCAGGCAAUGCUUUCUGCCAGGCUGCAAAACUUCAUAUGCAAAUGCAGAACAAACUGGAUGCUGCAACCAGCUUUGUUGAUGCUGGCAACGCAUACAAGAAGGCUGAUCCCCAAGAGGCUAUCAACUGCUUAAAUGCAGCCAUCGACAUAUAUACUGACAUGGGAAGAUUUACAAUUGCAGCCAAGCACCACGUGACCAUUGCAGAAAUAUACGAGUCUGAGCUGGUGGAUAUCGAAAAGGCAAUUGCCCAUUAUGAGCAGGCAGCUGACUAUUAUAAAGGGGAGGAAUCGAACAGCUCUGCCAACAAAUGUCUCCUGAAAGUUGGCUUUUACUGUGCACAGCUGGAACAGUAUCCAAAAGCCAUUGAAAUCUUUGAGCAGGUUGCAACUAGUACAAUGGAUAAUCCACUUCUAAAGUACAACGCAAAAGAGUACUUCUGGAAGGCUUCACUGUGCCACUUCAUUGUGGAUGAAUUGAAUGCAAAGCUGGCUAUAGAGAAGUAUGAGAGCAUGUUUCCUGCAUUCUCAGACUCAAGAGAAUGUAAACUUCUGAAAAAACUACUGGAAGCGUACGAAGAGCAAAACAGCGAGGCCUUCACUGAGGCUGUGAAAGAGUUUGACUCAAUCUCCCGUCUGGAUCAGUGGCAGACCACCAUGUUACUCCGCAUCAAAAAGACGAUCCAAGGAGAUAGUGGUGACCUGAAAUAAAUUGUUAGUAACACCGUGGCACAUUUCCCUGCUCAUUUUUCUGUAUUAUUGUGACAAUCUGGUUGAACACUUCUGUAGUGAUGCUAGCGACAAUACGUGCCCCGGUGCCAGUCUUUUAGUUCACAGCUGGAUGGUUUGUGUAAUAAGACUAGCAUUCAGGACACUAGAUUCACAUACUUUGUCAGUAUUGUCGGUAUUAAAACAUUAUCCCUGAGCUUCUAUUUAAUGACUAGUGUUGUAUUUUAACCCUUUAGUGCACAGAUAAUGCAUAUUAACCACAUUCAUUAUUGUGUGGCAUGAAAAAAAUGAUCAGAGAAUAAAUGUGUACCUGUAUGUUCUGUAAAUUCAUUGUAACGUCAUCACUGGCAUUGUCCUGCAUGAUAAAUGUUCAUAUUUCUGUAUGUGGUUCAUGCUUGUGCACUUUAUUUUAAAAUCACGGUUAUGUAAGUUUUAUUUCAGAAAAAAAAAUGUAUUGCUUUUAUUUAGUUUAAGCCAUUUAGUAGCACUUAUGUUAUAAGUAAAUAUUGGCAUUUGUAUAUGAACUAAGAUUACAUGUUACAUAUCACUGGAACACUGUGUUGCUCAUAAAUAUAAAUCAUU